AUGGAUUUUAUGAUUUCACAGUUCUGUGAGGAACAAGUGCAUCACGUCUUCAACACAACUAACAGAAAGUCAAAUGAUGAUGAUCUAUGCGCACUGUUGCACAAUGAUAAAGAUAUGUCGCAUUCGGAAAAUUGUUUACCCCCUGAAAUGGAACUUGGCAACAUAGAAUAUAAGGUAAAGCUUGUCAAUCCAUCGUCGUCUCGUCUUCAGCACCUAAUCACUCAGAUGAAGUGGAGAUUACGUGAAGGACAGGGCGAAGCUAUUUACGAGGUUGGAGUUGAAGACGGUGGCCAAAUGAGCGGGCUAUCUGAUGUAGAGAUGGAAGCGUCACUUACUACGCUGCGUACCAUGGCCGGAGCUCUUGGUGCUAGUAUGGUCAUAUUGACCGAGAAAGACGUAACUCCACGUGGCAGCUCUUCACGGCGUACAGUGGUUGAAGUCCUCGUUCGUAAAGUUCCUGAAAGCCAGCAAUUCAUAGAGUUAAGAUUGGCAGUACUAGGUGGAGCUGAUGUAGGUAAAUCCACAUUGUGUGGUGUAAUGACCCAGGGUUUGCUCGACGAUGGCAACGGCAAAACUCGUCUUAACCUCUUUAGGUUCCCUCAUGAGGUUCGCAGCGGCAAAACAAGUUCUGUUUGUCUGGAUGUUAUUGGAUUUGACUCACGAGGAAAGCUCGUUAAUUACGCUCACAAUAGCCUAGAGGAGUUAGUGGAACGAUCAAAGAAACUAGUCACUCUGAUUGAUUUGGCAGGCGAUUCCAAAUAUCUGAAGACAACUAUACAUGGACUGUCCGGAUACAAACCACAUUUUGCAUGCCUGCUGGUUUCUGCGGAAAGUGGUCCUACGGCUGCCACUAAAGAGCACUUGGGGUUGGCUGCAGCUCUCAAUAUUCCGGUUUUUGUGAUAAUUACGAAAUGGGAUCUUGUUGGGAAGGAUCAACUUGACAAAGUUAUCAAAUCUGUCUCAUCCUUACUAUCCCGAGCUGGAAUGGCUGCUGGUACGAAGCGGGUGAAAAGAAAAAGGGAUGCAGUGAAGGCGGCAAGUGACCUAUGUUCCGUGGGAACCGUUCCAAUUCUUUGUGUGUCAUCAGUAACAGGGGCUGGACUCGGGCUUUUCCGUUGUUUCCUCAACGUGCUACCAUCAGCAGGUACAGCCGGAUCACGUCUGCAGCUCGUCUCUCAGCCUCCGCUUUUCACAAUUGAAGAGAUGUUCAACGUACCUCACGUCGGAACUGUUGUUGGUGGCAUGCUUUCGGAAGGACGGCUGCAGGAAGGCGAUCCCGUUCUAUUGGGUCCCUACAAGGAUGGAAGCUUCGAGAAGGCUUAUAUUGGCUCAAUAAGACGUAGUCGUCAACCUGUCCAAGCAGUGUUGCCAGGAGAAGCUGUCAGUAUAGCUUUAAAUAGGCGUUCAAAGGGAUCGUUACCUCUCAGACGAGGAAUGGUUCUAAUAUCGGCUGCAACAAAACCGUCGUGUUGCCAUCGGUUCGUUGCCUCGUUGUUCCUCCUAUCCCACCCUACGCGACAUCUUUGUACUGGUUUCCAAGCCACGGUAUACAUCGGGUCUGUUCGACAAACCGCUACCGUUGUGGAUAUCGACCGACCUUCACUUGAACAAGGAAAAUGGGCUACAGUAAUGCUAGAGCUCAUGAGCGGUCCAGAAUAUAUUCGCUCAGGGACGCCACUCAUUUUUCGCCAGGGAAAGACUAAAGGAAUGGGGGAAGUUGUAGAAGUUAUUUCGAGCUAA